UGUAUUAUGUAUGUUUUUCCAGGUUUCUCAAAAAAGGUUUCGCUUUGGUACAAUGGUCUCACUAUUCUGGGCUAGUGGAUAAACAGGGUGUCCAUACAGUCCUUUUACAAUUUCAAUUUUGUUAUGAAGUCAGUUCUCAAUAUAUCUUAACCAGACAUUCUACACUUAAGCAUUUAGCAGGCUAAUUCAGAAGUCAAAUAUGAUUUUUGUCAAAGUAUUCUGCCUUUUCUUUUUCAUCGGCUUCAUGUUCGGAAAGAAAUUACCUGAUGGAGUCUGCGUCACCAAGCUAGUGAAAGGGAAACUUGUCUCUGUAGGAGAUUGCAAGAAAGGCGACGGAUCUGAGAUUGCCAACCUGAUUAAAGAAAGUCUCGCAAAGAAGCAACAACAUAAGUGUGACGUCACAUACAAGGAAAAAUGCUUCCAGGCAGUUGUGUAUGAUGUAUGGAACAUCACCUUCAACAAUGCCGAACCAACUUGCGAAUCAAUGAACGGAAAACCCGCGAAUAUUUACGACCUCAAGCAUUACCAGCUGCUGCUCCCUUAUCUACGUUCACUGAUGCCAGCCUGUAGGACAUAUAUUUACAUCUGGACUGGGAUGGAGUAUAAGAACAAUCAGCUUUUGUUGUCCAAUGGAAGACCAAUCACUAUAGCAACAGAAGUGUGGGUUCCUAAUUAUCCGGUAUCCGAAGCAUCGUGGACAAAUGUUGGUGUUCGUGUCAAUAAAGAUCCAGGGUAUGCAUAUCAGGGAAUGAUCAAUGAUCCACCAUCCUACACAAACAACGGUGUCAUCUGUGAAAUAUAA